CUUCCCUCGCUUUCUCUCUCUCCUACUACUUCUUCACUUUUUCUAUUCUCUUCAUUUUCUUUCCUUUCCUUUUCUCUCUGUACUUCCAAUUUCAAUUCUUCUUCUUCUUCACAGCCCCCACUUUCUUCUUCCUCUCACUUUCCGUCUUCUUCAUCAUCGUUUUCUUCCCAUUUUCCGCACCCCACAAAAACCCUCCGAUUUUCCCCCCGAUUUUCUUCAUCUGAUUGGAUCUGCUGCUACUCAUUCACUUCGAUUCUCGAUUCCGAUUCUCUCAGCUCGAGGUUGUUGGUUCCUCUUCGUUUCUCGAGUAUUCUAUUUUAUUCAGUGUGCUCAGUUUCCGAUAAAGACAAAAUCGAUUGCCUCAUUCUCCAGGGUAUUUUUUGUCUCUAUUUAAGCUAGGUUGUGAAAGGCCAAAUAGUAGAAUAUUAUGGCGGUUUCCAUGAAAGAUUUGGAUCCAGCUUUCCAGGGAGCUGGGCAAAAGGCUGGACUUGAAAUAUGGCGUAUUGAGAAUUUUAAUCCAAUUCCUGUCCCAAAGUCCUCUUACGGCAAGUUCUUCACUGGGGACUCCUAUGUGAUCUUAAAGACAACGGCAUCAAAAAAUGGCGCUCUGCGCCAUGACAUCCAUUACUGGCUUGGUAAAGACACCAGUCAGGAUGAAGCAGGUGUUGCAGCUAUCAAGACAGUUGAGCUGGAUGCAGCUCUUGGAGGACGUGCAGUUCAGUAUCGUGAAGUACAAGGCCAUGAAACUGAAAAGUUCCUGUCUUAUUUCAAGCCCUGUAUUAUACCUCAAGAAGGUGGAGUUGCUUCUGGUUUUAAACACGCUGAGGCUGAAAAGCAUAAAACACGGUUGUUUGUAUGCAGAGGGAAACAUGUUGUACAUGUUAAAGAGGUUCCAUUUGCUCGAUCUUCACUCAACCAUGAUGAUAUUUUUGUUCUCGAUACUGAGUCAAAAAUCUUCCAAUUUAAUGGUUCCAAUUCAUGUAUUCAAGAGAGGGCUAAAGCUUUGGAAGUAGUACAAUACAUUAAGGAUACUUACCAUGAAGGGAAAUGUGAGGUAGCUGCUAUUGAGGAUGGAAAGUUGAUGGCUGAUUCUGAAACUGGCGAAUUUUGGGGUUUCUUUGGGGGAUUUGCUCCUCUUCCCCGAAAAACAGCCAGUGAUGAUGAUAAGCCUGCUGAUUCUCACCCUCCAAAACUGCUUUGUAUUGAGAAGGGACAAGCAGAAAAUGUUGAGACUGAUUCUUUGAAAAGGGAAUUGCUAGACACGAAUAAGUGCUAUAUUCUGGAUUGUGGGUUGGAAGUGUUUGUCUGGAUGGGAAGAAACACCUCUCUAGAGGAAAGGAAAAGUGCAAGUGGAGCUGCUGAUGAGUUAGUCAGUGGAAUUGAUAAACUGAAACCCCAAAUAAUUCGCGUAAUUGAAGGAUUUGAAACAGUGACGUUCAGGUCCAAGUUUGAUUCUUGGCCUCAGACCACUGAUGUAACAGUAUCUGAAGAUGGCCGUGGCAAGGUGGCAGCACUUCUAAAACGUCAAGGAGUAAAUGUCAAGGGUCUGUUGAAAGCUGAUCCAGUCAAAGAAGAACCUCAAGCUUACAUCGAUUGCACAGGACAUUUGCAGGUUUGGCGUGUGAACGGUCAGGAAAAGAUUCUUCUUCCUGCUUCUAAUCAGUCGAAGUUUUAUAGUGGAGAUUGCUACAUCUUUCAGUAUUCAUAUCCUGGAGAAGAUAAGGAAGAUUGUCUUAUUGGAACGUGGAUUGGAAAGAAGAGUGUUGAGGAAGAUAGAGCUUCAGCUAAUUCACUGGCAAGCAAAAUGGUUGAGUCAAUGAAGUUUCAGGCUUCCCAGGCUCGUAUAUUUGAAGGCAAUGAACCAAUUCAUUUUUAUACUAUCCUCCAAACCUUCAUUGUUUUUAAGGGUGGCCUUAGUGAUGGAUACAAGACAUACACUGCGGAAAAGGAAAUUCCAGAUGAGACAUACAAUGUGGAUGGUGUUGCAUUGUUCCGCAUCCAGGGCUCUGGACCAGACAAUAUGCAAGCUAUUCAAGUUGAACCGGUUGCGUCUUCCUUGAACUCCUCUUAUUGUUACAUACUUCAUAAUGGGCCUGCUGUCUUUACUUGGUCUGGAAGUGCUACAAGUAUGGAAGACCAGGAACUUGUAGAGAGGAUGAUGGAUUUGAUAAAGCCAAAUUUACAAACCAAACCACAAAGGGAAGGUACAGAAUCUGAACAAUUUUGGGAUUUGUUAGGAGGGAAAUCUGAAUAUCCUAGUCAAAAGAUUAGCAGGGAGGCUGAAAGUGAUCCUCGCCUAUUUUCUUGCAACUUCUCAAAAGGAAAUUUAAAGGUGACAGAGGUUUACAACUUCUCCCAGGACGAUCUGAUGACAGAAGACAUUUUCAUCUUGGAUUGUCACACAGAAAUAUUUGUCUGGGUUGGCCAGCAGGUUGACCCCAAGAGUAGAAUGCAGGCUCUAACAAUUGGUGAGAAAUUUAUUGAGCAUGAUUUUCUUCUUGAGAAUUUAUCUCACGUGGCUCCGAUCUAUAUUGCCAUGGAAGGGAGUGAACCACCUUUUUUCACACGUUUCUUCAAAUGGGACUCUGCAAAAUCUGCAAUGCUGGGAGACUCAUUUCAGAGAAAGCUUAAAAUCGUGAAAAAUGGGGGUACUCCACUUAUGGAUAAACCCAAACGGCGAACAUCUAGCGCUUAUGGAGGAAGGUCUAGUAGUGUCCCAGAUAAAUCCCAGCGUUCCUCCCGCAGCAUGUCUGUUAGUCCUGAUCGUGUUCGUGUGAGGGGUAGGUCUCCAGCCUUCAAUGCAUUAGCAGCUAAUUUUGAGAAUCCCGGUGCUAGGAACCUUUCAACUCCACCUCCAGUAGUCAGAAAGCUGUAUCCAAAAUCUAAGACACCUGAUUCUGCAAUACUGGCACCAAAAUCUGCAGCCAUAGCUGCACUUACUUCUUCUUUUGAACAACCACCUUCAGCACGAGAAACUAUGAUACCUCGGUCAGUUAAAGUGAGUCCAGUCACCCCCAAAUCAAACCCUGAUAAAAAUGACAAGGAGAAUUCUGCGAGCAGCCGUGUGGAGUCUCUUACCAUAGAGGAAGAUGUGAAGGAGGGUGAAGCAGAAGACGAGGAAGGUCUCUCCUUUCACCCGUAUGAACGUCUUAAAGUAUCUUCUCCAGAUCCUGUACCAGGCAUUGAUGUGACUAAACGGGAGACUUAUCUAUCAUCUGCGGAGUUCAAAGAGAAAUUUGGGAUGUCCAAGGAUGCAUUUUACAAGUUGCCCAAAUGGAAACAGAACAAACUCAAAAUGGCUAUUCAGUUAUUCUGAUUCUUGAAAGUUUACUUAGCCUUCUGUCAGGUCCUGCAGUUUAGGUUGCAGGAGGAACCGAACACAUGGAAGUAAAAGGGACAGCGUCAGUGUUUUUUUUAGCAUAGCUGCAUCUGCUCCCAGGAACUUUUUUUGAAGAGAAACAAGAAAUUUUCCAUCUUUCUCCUUCUCUUUCGAGUCGUUUGAAUGUUUAGAGUCAUUUCUUUGUCGAGUUAGCUGCGUGCCAUUAAUUUUAUAGAGCAAAGGUUGAUUAUGAGCUUGCUAUUAUUUUUUAAACAAAAAAAAAAUUGGGGUUUCGUGUUAGUUUUCUUUCAAUUUUUUAAUUUAAAAUUGUUUUGGUUAAGCAACUGGGGUUGCAAAUGCGCUCUACAUAGGUUGUAUUGAUAUUGAGGAUUAAGUGUGUAUAGCAGACUGGAAAAACCAGUCAACUCGUUAAUUUGUUUGGAAAUAAAGUGUGAGUGAUUCUUUGUUGUUA